AUCGUGAAGUGUUUUGGUUUUGCAUUUUGUUUGCGUUUAUUCUUUUUUGCCAGGAUAUAUUGUUGGUUAAUUGUUUUACAAAAUAAAUACCUAAUUGUAAUUGAAGGAUUUACAUAAGACAUAAAAAAUGGAAGUUGAACAAUUCAAAGAAUUCGCCAAGGAAAUGGUCGAUUAUAUUGCAAAAUAUUUGGAAAACAUUCGAGACAGACGUGUAUUACCAACUGUCGAACCAGGAUAUUUGCGACCAUUGAUCCCUAAUGAAGCUCCACAAGAACCAGAUCAAUGGCAAGAUGUUAUGGCCGAUAUUGAACGUGUUAUUAUGCCAGGUGUAACACACUGGCAUUCUCCACGUUUCCAUGCAUAUUUCCCCACAGCAAAUUCUUAUCCAGCAAUUGUUGCUGAUAUGCUUAGUGCAGCAAUUGGGUGUAUUGGAUUUACAUGGAUUGCAAGCCCAGCAUGCACUGAAUUAGAAGUAGUAACUUUAGAUUGGUUAGGAAAAAUGUUAGAUUUACCCGAGGAAUUUUUAGCCUGUUCUGGUGGAAAAGGUGGUGGUGUUAUUCAAGGCACUGCAAGUGAAGCAACUUUAGUCGCGUUGCUUGGUGCUAAAGCACGCGCAAUUAAUCGAUGUAAAGAAGCAAAUCCACAAAUGACUGAUAAUGAUAUUACAGCAAAACUUGUUGCAUAUGCGUCAAAACAAUCACAUUCUUCGGUUGAACGAGCUGGUCUUUUAGGUGGUGUUACACUAAGAUCUAUCCCAACAGAUGAACAUUUCAAAAUGUGCCCUGAAAAGCUACAAGAAAUCAUUGCCGAAGACAAAAAGAAUGGUCUCAUACCGUUUUAUGUUGUGGGUACUCUUGGUACAACUUCAACAUGUGCAUUCGAUCCAAUCGACAAAAUUGGUGAAAUUUGUCAAAAAGAAAAAAUAUGGUUACACGUUGAUGCCGCUUACGCAGGUUCAGCAUUUAUUUGUCCCGAAAAUCGUUACUUAAUGAAAGGUGUUCAUUUAGCUGAUUCCUUCAAUUUUAAUCCUCACAAAUGGAUGUUGGUUAAUUUUGAUUGCUCAGCAAUGUGGUUGAAAGAACCUGGUUGGGUAGUUGAUGCAUUCAAUGUAGAUCCACUAUAUUUAAAACAUGACCAACAAGGUUCAGCACCGGAUUAUCGCCAUUGGCAAAUACCUCUUGGUCGUCGUUUCCGAUCACUAAAAUUGUGGUUCACCUUACGUUUAUUUGGUGUAGAAAAUUUACAAGCACAUAUUCGUAAACAUAUUGCAUUAGCUCAUGAUUUUGAGGCAUUAGUGAAAGCAGAUGAUCGGUUCGAAAUUGUUGGUGAUGUUCUUAUGGGCUUAGUUUGUUUCCGUCUCAAACAGAGUAACGAAAUUAAUGAGAAAUUAUUGAAAAAAAUUAAUGAACGUGGUAUUAUUCAUUUAGUACCCUCAAAAAUUGGUGAUGUAUACUUUUUACGUAUGGCUGUUUGCUCUCGAUAUACAGAGCAAGAAGAUAUUCAAUUGUCCUGGAGAGAAGUGGUAGCUGCAACUCAAGAUGUUUUAGGGUGUGCAAAUAAGUAAUGUUGUUUGCCUGUUUAUCGAAAUUCAUUGCCAAAUGUAUAAAAAAAUAAAUCGAAAAUCAUUCAACGUAAAUUAGGAAAUUUAAGUGUUUGUGUGUUGUGAGUAGUAGUAGUUUUCAGAGCUUCAACCCGAUUGAAAAUUUUGUUUUUACAAAGGAAUCGCAGUAAAAGUGCAGUAAAUCCUGUUUAUCAAAUUUUUUG